UAUUUAAUAUGCAUGAUAAAUACACGAUUAUGUGCAGAUUUUUCCUCACUCUGAAUCUGUCCUCUUCUAAUCACGAUUAAAAAUCUCAUCCCACAAUGGCCUCAAUUUCCUCGAUAUUUCGAAGUAAAUCGUUCUUCUUAAUUUUCUCAAUUUUCUUCCAAUACUUUAUUCUGCCACUUUUCCUCAUCCUCGUUGCUGCCCCACUUUACACUUACUAUCGAACUGUGACAUUUCUCUCAAAGUGGAAAGAAGGACUCUACGCACCUUUAACUCUUGACGAUUGUAUCCAUGGAACUGACGAUAUACACGGACGACCAGGACGCGCAAUUUCUGGCAUAGUUUACUUGAAAUGCAGCCACACGUUUGACGACUUGGUAACAAAGAUGGAAAAAGCAGCUAUUAAGCAUCCUAAAUCAAUGUGUAUAAUUACGCGAUGGAUGUCGGUCAAGUUUUGGAAAAAAUGUGAAGAUUUCAAAAUCUCAAAUCACAUCUCUCUAAACGAAGAAUCCGAUCCAGAAAAGCUUUCACAAUUUUUUACCAGUCUGAUCGAUAAGGGCUUCCCGGUCGGACAACCGCUUUGGGAGUUCAUAUCUCUGCCGAAUUAUGCGCAUGUGGAGUACGGAACUUCCUCCGCUAUAGCCAUGCGAGUUCAUCAUUCUCUGGGCGAUGGGUUAGGUUUCAUGGCGAUAAUUCGCGAUCUGUGUGACAAAGAUCCCGCCGCUGAUGAAGAAGUCGAAAAGUUGUUGGAAGCAAUAAGGAAAAAAAUGAAAUUAAGUUUCUGGAAAAAAAUUAGUUACGUUUUCCAAUUAAUAUUCGCCACCCCCGCUCAAGCGCUGUACCUUUGGAUGCAAGGUAUUAACUCCCCGUGCAUCCCGCCAAGUUCAAAUCAAGAUCCAAACUUUGACCCUGAUGAACCGAUGCUAGUAAAUGUAUCGACUUUGAUUGAUCUGCCAUUGUUGAAACGUAUCUCGAAGAAGACUGGGGUAAAUGUAACGUCCGUAUGUCACGCCGGUGUGGCUGGAGCUGUUAAAAGGACAAUUAUGGACAGGGGUGGUGACCGUGCGGGAGACUUGGUCUGUCUUUACGUCCUCCCGAAAUUAAAUCAUCCGGGAACACUGUCGAACAAUGUAUUCGCCGUGCCUCUGUUCACCCCGAUGGCUGGACAAAAUCGGUUUCAACGGCUCGGACAGAUUUCUAAACAAUUGAAUCAGCUCUUCUACACCCCCCUGCCGAUCGGAAUGCUGCUGUUUAUGUACAUGUCUGGAUUAUUGCUUUGCAUCUUCGGUCACAUGAAGAAUCCGCGAAAUGGUUUUACUUACAUUCACACAAAUUUCGCCUAUUUUGGCGAGCCGAUGAAAAUGUUUGGAAAUAUAUUUGAAAGGGUUGUCAUAGCUCCCGGAUUGCAGCUCAAGGGAAAUCCUCUCUUUGUGAUGACUUAUAGUUAUCACGGAAAAUUGUGUCUGCAACUGGUCGGAGAUAGGAAAAUUUUCCCAGACGAGGAAAGUUUGAUGCGAGUUGCGAACUAUGUAAAGGAUGAGUUUGAAUCAAUGGAUGGAUAAUUUUAGACAAAAAGGGUCAAUGCAGCCCCUCCAAUUGUAAGACAUCAAAGACAUCGUUGUUGAAUAAUAACAAUUAAAUAUUUAGUUUUAAGACACAUGAAAUUCUUGCUUACGUAAAUAAACGGAAACCUUAAUUCAUUGUAAAACUUUAAUUCGUCAAAGACAACAUAUAUUAAAUGUGCAUAUAUAAAGUUACUCAUUCCUAAAUUCUGAGCUUCCUUACUAAAUUAUGCAACUCACUUGUAAGUAUAAUUAAAGUUGGGCCCCUUUAAGUCAAGUUGGGUAAAUUAUUUCUUAUUAACUAUGUAAAUUACAUCGCAAUUUCCAUAUUUAACUAGUCAUACUAUCAUUUUAUGGUUAACUCAAUACUGAAUAUCGGAUUAAAUUUUGUACUGCAAUUUACCAUACAAUACGUACAAUUACCAGCCUAGCUUACAAGGCUGAAACUCUGAAGGGUUUAACGUGCACAGUGUCGCAUUAGCAGAUAAUAAGUAGGCCAUUUUUUGUCAAACGAAGAAAGUUUAGUAGAAGUGAGAACUAAAUCGAGUAUGUAUGUACAUACAGAGCUUGUACAUACAGAGCUUUACAUAUAUAUGUAUGACAUGCACUGAUUUAUUCAAUUAACUAGUAAGUUUAGAAUUGUAUUCGCAGAGAAUUGAAGUGCAGAUAUGUUAUAUACUUACAUAUUUACAUAUAUGUAUUUUUGUAUGUAUUUACAUAUGUAUAUAUCUAUGAAAUUAAUAGCUGGACACUUUUAGAUCGUAAUGCCACAAUUGCAACGUAUUUUUUUGUAUGUAUGCAUGUGUAUUUUGUCAAAGGAUUAUGCACUUUAAGGUCAAUUAAUAAAAUAAAGAAGCAUUUUAAUCAUGAA